UUGUGCAAGAACAAAAGACAGUUCCAGUUUUCUUUAAUAAGAACUCUACGUCAAGCUUCUAAAUGCAUUUAUUUCAAAGACUGCCAAAAUGAAUCGUCUUCAAGCAGUUUAUCAUCACGGUACAAAUGCAUGAAAAUCGAAGCGAUUGAAACACCAAAAAUGAGUAUCGAAGUGCUGAAAUUGUCUAUUAUGAGAAGCCAACCACAGAAACCCAUGGGAAUUUUCACAGAAGUAUUAGAAAGGCCAUCAUUUCCGAAAUCACUCAGACCAAAACUGUAUGUCAUAUUUGCAGACAAUCCGUAUGUUUUUGACCACGAAGAACCUUCUUUAAGAAAAUGGUUAGAAGAAAUUAAAGAAUUUGGGAUAAAAACAGGCAUGCCGUGUUAUGUAGUAGCUAGAAAGAUCCUUUUCUACAAGGGAAAUGCUAUUGUGCAUAAGCAAACGACAAACGCCAUUGUCAAGACUCUUAUCACCAUGAAUAUUUCUACAAUUUACAAAGGCGACCCCGAUGGAGGAGAUGAAUUUCUUUACUUUACGCAAAUGAUCAAAAAUUUAUCAGCCGAUUUUCCUCUACCAAUAAUUGUUUCCCUGGGGAAUGGGAAGGCUUCAGAAAAAGUUUUAGACUUUGCGAUGGGUGACAAGAUACCUAUCAUAUUUUUCAAGAUAUCUGGAGAUGAUGCUUCUGUUUUAACGGAUUUAAACAUCUGUCAAGGAAAGGGAUAUAAAGGAUUGGAACAUCAAUUCAAAAUGAAAGCUCCUUGGCAAAGAGAACGAAUAAAACCUUUAAAUAUAUCGUUCAAGAAAAGCAACAAUCAAUCCUUGAAUGAAAUUGUUUUUCUGAGUGAUUUGCUUUGUAGUCAAUCGUUAAAUGUUGACGCCAUUCUUUGCUACUUACUAAUCGGAGUUUUAAUGGCAUCUCCAUCAGACCGGAAAUACAGUGUUUUUGGGAAACUGACCACAGAAUACCCAAAUAUUUUAUCAAUGUACCUCCUGAAAGAAGGACAAUGGAAUAUACCAAAACCAACCGUUGAAUCUGCAUUUCCCAAACAUACAUUCAACAAGAAGAGUAUUGAGUAUAUUGGGGGAAAA